AACUUUUGAGUCGCGCAAUAAAAUCGUCUACGCCUCUUGCGUGUGUGUGUGACGUCAUCACAAGGCGCCCUACAGAAAGCAUUUAAAGCGCAGUGGAGUUUGACUGCAGCCUUCAAGAAUGUCUCGUCGAUAUGAUUCCAGAACCACCAUCUUCUCACCUGAAGGGCGUCUGUACCAGGUUGAGUACGCCAUGGAAGCCAUCGGCCACGCCGGCAGCUGCCUGGGAAUUUUAGCCAACGAUGGCGUGUUGCUGGCCGCUGAGAGGAGGAACAUCCACAAGCUGCUGGAUGAUGUGUUUUUGUCAGAGAAAAUCUACAAGCUGAAUGAAGACAUGGCGUGCAGUGUGGCGGGAAUCACAUCAGAUGCCAAUGUACUGACCAACGAGCUGAGGCUUAUAGCUCAGAGGUACCUGCUGCAGUACCAGGAGCCAAUCCCCUGUGAGCAGCUGGUCACAGCUUUAUGUGACAUCAAACAGGCCUACACCCAGUUUGGAGGAAAGCGUCCGUUUGGAGUCUCGCUGCUCUACAUGAGCUGGGACAAACAUUACGGCUUCCAGCUCUACCAGAGUGACCCAAGUGGAAACUACGGAGGCUGGAAAGCCACCUGCAUUGGAAACAACAGCGCUGCAGCCGUCUCCAUGCUGAAGCAGGACUACAAGGAGGGAGAGAUGAGUCUCUCCUCAGCCCUCGCCCUCGCCGUCAAGGUCCUCAAUAAAACUAUGGAUGUCAGCAAGCUGUCUGCAGAGAAAGUGGAGAUCGCCACCCUGACCCGCGAAAACGGCAAGACCUGCAUCAAGGUGCUGAAGCUGAAGGAGGUGGACGAGCUGAUCAAGAAGCACGAGGUGGAGGAGGCCAAAGCUGAGAAAGACAAGAAAGAGAAGGAACAGAAAGAAAAGUAGUGACGCCUGUCCGCACUUUCCAUUUUUUGUGAGAGAAUAAAUGUGAGCUUGUGUCU